AUGUGGGUCCUUCUCCGAAGUGUGUCCCCCCUCCGGCUCCUGCUGUCCCUGCGCGGGAAGUGGACGGGCUGGAGGGGCCUGCCUCGGAGCUUGGUCCCUGGCCCUCCUCGAAGGCGGUACAGGAAGGAGGCUCUGCCAGCCCCGGAGGCGCCCGUGUUGCCUGUGACUGCAACUGAAAUCCGCCAGUAUUUGCGGGCGCAUGGGAUCCCCUUCCAGGACGGCCACAGCUGCCUGCGGGCGCCCAGCCCCUUUCUGGGAGCCGCGCAGCUCAAGGAGCAGGCCGGCGCCACCACCUCCUUCAGCCUCUUCAUUAACAAGACCACCGGCCGCUUCCUCUGCAUGACCAGCCUCGCGGAGGGGAGCUGGGAAGACUUCCAGGCCAGCGUGGAAGGGCGUGGGGACGGAGACAGAGAGGGAAUCCUGCUCGGGGAAGGCCCGGGAGCGGAGGACAGUGAGGAGAUCCGGAGGAUCUGGGACCGAGCGAUACCUCUCUGGGAACUGCCUGACGCGGAGGAGGCGAAGCUGGCUCGGGUGAUGUUUGGCCUUACCCAAGUGACAGACGACACCCUCAAGCGUUUCAGUGUGCGGUAUCUGCGGCCCGCCCGAAGCCUUGUCUUCCCUUGGUUCUCCCCUGGCGGGUUGGGAUUGCGAGGCCUAAAGCUUCUGGGGGCGGAAGGCCAAGGGGAUGGGGUGCGCUAUGUGGAGACCACCAUCCCUAGGCCGGGUGCCUACCACAAUCUGUUUGGAUUGCCGCUGAUGGGUCGUCGAGAUGUGGAGGUGGUACUGACGAGUCGUGAGCUGGACUGCCUGGCCUUGAACCAAUCCACAGGGCUGCCCACCCUGGCCCUUCCCCGGGGAACAGCCUGCUUGCCCCCCGCCUUACUCCCUUACCUCGAACAGUUCCGACGGAUCGUGCUCUGGCUUGGGGAUGACCUUCGGUCCUGGGAAGCUGCCAAGUUGUUUGCCCGAAAACUGAACCCCAAGCGGUGCUCCUUGGUGCGGCCUGGGGACCAGCAUCCCCGUCCCCUGGAGGCCCUAAACCGAGGCUUAAAUCUUUCUCGGAUUCUGCGUGCUGCCCUGCCCGCUUGGCACAAGUCUAUUGUGUCUUUCCGGCAACUCCGGGAGGAGGUGCUGGGAGAGCUGUCCAACGUGGAGCAGGUAGCUGGCGUUCGCUGGAGCCGCUUCCCAGACCUCAAUCGUCUCUUGAAGGGACAUCGGAAGGGCGAGCUGACAGUCUUUACAGGGCCCACAGGCAGUGGAAAGACAACAUUCAUCAGUGAGUAUGCCCUGGAUUUAUGCACCCAGGGAGUGAACACGCUAUGGGGUAGCUUUGAGAUCAGCAACGUGAGAUUAGCUCGGAUCAUGCUAACACAGUUCGCUCUGGGGCGGCUGGAAGAGCAACUGGACAAAUACGAUGAGUGGGCCGACCGCUUUGAGGACCUGCCCCUCUAUUUUAUGACUUUCCAUGGGCAACAGAGCAUCAGGACUGUCAUAGACACAAUGCAGCAUGCAGUCUAUGUCUAUGACAUCUGUCAUGUAGUCAUCGACAAUCUGCAGUUCAUGAUGGGUCACGAGCAGCUGUCCACAGACAGGAUUGCAGCUCAAGACUACAUCGUUGGGGCUUUUCGGAAGUUUGCGACAGACAGCUGCUGCCAUGUGACACUGGUCAUUCAUCCCCGGAAGGAGGAUGAUGAUAAGGAACUGCAGACAGCAUCCAUUUUUGGUUCAGCCAAAGCAAGCCAGGAAGCGGACAAUGUCCUGAUCCUGCAGGACAGGAAGCUGGUAACGGGGCCGGGGAAACGAUACCUGCAGGUGUCCAAGAACCGUUUUGAUGGAGACGUAGGCGUCUUCCCGCUUGAGUUCAACAAGAGCUCUCUCACCUUCUCCAUACCACCAAAGAGCAAGGCCCGGCUCAAGAAGAUCAAGGAUGACAAUGGCCUGGCAGCCAAAAAGUCCUCUUCUGGUAAAAAGGGGGCUGUCCCCCAGAACUCUGAAACUUGCUCUGAUGAGGCCCCCAAUCAGCCAGACCCUUCCAAACUUUCAAGGUGA